AUGGUGAAGUCCAAAGGAAAAGCCCGCACUCAGAGUGCCGACCCCGACAUGACGCCCCUUGCCUCCCGCAGUGCAGGCCAGCCCGACCACGAUGAGGACAUGCUAGAUGUAGAGACUACGCGAAAGAGAGGAUACGAAGAGGAUCUCAAUGGUGAACCUUACAAUGGAGUCGACACACCUCCGUCCAAGAGACGCCGCUCGAAGAAUUGGCCACUGCCUGCGGAGCCCCGUCUGAUGGCUCUCCAACCUCCACCCCCACUCACCCAACUACGCCAAGCCUCGUCGUCCUCCAUGCGUUCAUCUAAGUUUCUCGAGGGCAGCAUGAACGACAAGACCAGCAACAAACCCCCCAGUGUCUUUACUAGACUAUUCCAAGGAAGCUCGCAAGGUCUGUCUGUGGAUCAGUUGAUGGCCGACUAUGAAGAAGACGCGAACCGGCCAGCCACCGCGCGACCUCAUACCAGGGCCUCAAGCUCGCCUGUCAAGAAGCCUCAGCAUGCCCCCAACGAAUCCGUCGCUAGUAUAAAUACAGCCGAGAGCAAGCGAUCUGGACUGUUCAGGUUCGGCCGGUCUAUCGCAGCGUCCUUCAACCCCGCGAACAUAUGGUACAAGCUCCAAAAUUCCUACAAAGAGGCCGAAGAGGAAGUCGCUUCAGAGGAGGCUUCGAAGCUUGGUACUGAUCUGGACGACCGAAAGGCUAAGGCUGAGCAAGCCUAUGCGGAGCUCAAAGCAGCGGGCCUUUUGAAACCUACCAAAACCUUCGUUCGUGGAUCUGUCACCUCAGAAAAAACUGAUGCAGAAACCAAGCCCCGUGAUUCAGGUAUCGAGAUGGACGAUGCUCGACCGUCUUUGGAGAACGGUGAUUCCCUUCACGUUCCACGGUCUGAGGCAUCCGCCUCCAGCGCUUCCGUGACCAGAAAAUCACCAUUUCAUUUCAAGACACCGUCUCUUGCUGACCUCAAGCGAGUCAGGUCCGAGGCCCAGCUGAACAGUCCGCGCACUCCCAGUUAUUCUCAAUCUCCCGCAAAGGCAGCAUUCGACCAAGAUCGGACAAUCCGCAAACAACAGUCGAAGAAGGAUAUGCAGAAGCAGCAAAAGCUGAGCAAACGCGUCAGCGAUCUUGAAGCGAAGCUUGAACAAGCUCGUCGCGAGCUUCAGCAAACUCUAGCCCCUCCCGUCCCCGCCUUCCCCACGGGUUUGGCGGACAAUCAGACGCCCGACCCUCGGUCUCGUAGUAUCUCUCCGCUGAAGAAGUCUUUCACUCCCUUCACACCCGGAGCGCUGCCCUCUUUACCGUCUGAGCGGCUCUUGUUUCCUGAGCAACUGCAUGGAAACGGGGAGUCUAAGAAAGAAGAAACUGCUGUGCCUGUCUCACAAAAUGUCGAAGUCGAGAAGCUCACUGAAGCCGUCGAGGUUCCCCAGAGCUCAAUCGUCACAGCCGACAUCUGGACCGAUGACUUCGAGACUUUGGUCAAGCCAAACGGAGUCGGAGCUGCACCAAAGCGCAAGGUGACGAAGAAGCGCAAGAGCGGGGACCGCGAUGACGUUCGCUACAAACCUGAGAGUGAGGAAAAUGACGAUGAAGAGUGGGAGGCUGCGCAGGCUGCUAAGAAGCGCCGAGCCAGCGGCAAGGCUGCACAGAAGACCAGCCCUAAGGGCAAAGAGAAGAUGAACUCGACUCCCAAGAAGCAAGGAGGCACCGGACGUCUCACUAAGAAGAACACUGUUUUCAACGAGUCCACUAGCAUUGUCACUGCCAAGGUCAUGGACGAGGGCACUAUCGAGACGGAAGAGACUGUUACCAUCACCAAACUCCCCCUCAAAGACGAGCCAUCUCGUCCUACCGCUACAGCCACCCCAUCCGCACGUCCUCGAGACCGCCAAUCACGCUCAACUUCCACAAACAAGCUUAGGCGCAAAGAGAGCCACCGCUCUCUUUCUCCGGCAAGCCAUGGGAGGAACGAGAGCCCGGAUGAGGUCGUUACGGUUGCCCCAGAUGGUGACAGUGUUCCGCCGCUUCCUACCUUCCCAAAGGGCGUGAAGGGAAACAACAAGUCGAGGGAGGAUGAUGGAUGGGAUGGCUAUGGUGAGGAGAUCUUCUAA